GUCAAUAUAGACAGAAGAGUUAACUCCCUUUAAAUUUACGUCACACCCGAGUUGAGUAUCAAAAAUAUGCAAAAUAUGUAGAUUGAAGAAAACUUGACAUUAAGAUGAGUGGAGUACCGCCGCAUCAUCGGCGGUUGGAGGCAGUGGAAGAGCGUCUCAAAAACCCAGCCUCUGAGUUGAACGUUGACAGCCUGCUGGAUGGGAUAGUUGCGUUGGUUCGGGAUCUGGACCAUCAGGCCAUCCGCAGCAGGAACAAGAGUGUAGAACAGUUCCUCAACAAAUACAAAAAUUCCUUUGAUGUUAUAACAAAGAACCGCAUGCGCCAUGACGACUUUAGUGUGAUAAAGGUGAUAGGUCGUGGGGCGUUUGGUGAGGUACAGCUCGUGCGACAUAAGAUCUCAAAAUGUGUGUUCGCUAUGAAACUACUCAGCAAAUAUGAAAUGAUAAAGCGAGCAGACACAGCGUUCUUCUGGGAAGAACGUGAAAUAAUGGCCAAUGCCAACAGCGAGUGGAUUGUUCAGUUACACUAUUCAUUCCAAGAUGAGAAAUACCUGUACAUGGUGAUGGACUAUAUGCCUGGAGGCGACCUCGUUAACCUCAUGAGCAACUAUGACGUACCUGAAAAGUGGGCAAAGUUCUACUGUGCAGAGGUUGUACUCUCACUAGACGCAAUCCAUUCCAUGGGAUUUGUUCACAGAGAUGUGAAGCCUGACAACAUGCUGCUGGACAGACAGGGUCACUUGAAGUUGGCUGACUUUGGAACAUGUAUGAGAAUGGAUCGGGAUGGUAUGGUGCGGUCAGACACAGCAGUUGGGACGCCAGACUACAUCUCGCCAGAAGUGCUCAAAUCUCAGGGUGGUAAUGGCUACUAUGGCAGAGAAUGUGAUUGGUGGUCCGUUGGCGUCUUUCUCUAUGAAAUGUUGGUUGGUGAUACUCCGUUCUAUGCAGAAUCUCUGGUUGGUACAUAUGGAAAGAUCAUGGACCAUAAAAACUCUCUAGAAUUCCCCAAUGAUAUUGAAAUGUCCAACGAUGCCAAGAGCUUGAUAUGUGCUUUCCUCACUGAUAGAAAUGAGCGACUAGGGAAGCAUGGUAUCGAGGAAAUUAAGGGCCACCGAUUCUUCAAGAACGACCAGUGGAACUGGAGUAACAUCAGGGGCACGACCCCGCCGGUGGUUCCGGAAUUGAUGGGGGAUGAUGACACGAGCCACUUUGAGGAUGUGGAGAAGGAUAACAGCCCAGAGGGAAACUUUGAGGUGCCAAAAGCUUAUGCUGGGAACCAUCUAGCCUUCAUCGGCUUCACAUAUAACAAGGAGUACCAGUUAUUGUCAUCAGGGAAAAGUGCAAUACAAACAAAUGGCGACUAUGUGGAUGGCAGCAAAAUUGCACCUUCGGAAGCGGGUAUGGAUCAGAAAUAUCGACAGUUGGAGGACCAGGUCCGGUCAGCAAAAUCAAACAACAUGGAGUGGGAGAAAAAAUUCAUGACUAUGAAGAAGGACUUUGACCGUAUCCAGUCAGAGGAAGGCCAGUUACGUCGGGAAGCUCGGGAACUUGAGAAGUCGCUUGCACUCUCCAAACACGACAUGAAGGAGCUUCAAAGAAAGCUAGAGUUUGAGGGUGAAAACCGGAGAAAGCUAGAACUGGUUAUCAAAGAUCGUGAACGCCAACUGGACUCUGAGAUAGGGCGAUUCCGCGAUAUGGAGGCUGACAAGACAAACAACUCUGAAAGGGUUUCCUCCCUUGAAAAAAUGGUUUCAGAAAGCAAGGAAAAGUACCGACAAGAAAAGGACAAUGCCAACAAGGCCAAAAAACAGCUUUCUGAUGUACAACAGCGACUUGCAACAACAGAACAAAAUCUGCAAGAUCUUACUGCAAAAUACUCUGAACUACAAAGUGCGAAAUCUGCAGUGGAGAAGGAGUUACGGGAUCUGAGAUUGGCGCUGGAGAGCGAAACGUUAAAUAGGAACCAGGUCUCCGAACAGACAGCUGAACUACGUGAUCGACUCCGCUACCUUCAAUCUGAGCUUGAUAAAACGAAAGAUAAAGACCACUACAGCUCCACCGAGAUCCUCCGAUUACAGAACGCCAUAAGUGUGCUAGAGAAGGCUAAAAAUGAGGCAGAACUGGAGCGCCAACGAUUCUCGGACAUGUUGGAGGCAGAGAGAGGAACUCAUAAGGAGACUGUUGCCAAGUUCAACCUUGAUAAGAAAAAUAUUCUCAUGUCAACCGAGGAGGCUAAUCUAGAAGUGAUCAGGGAAAUGCAGCGGAAGCUUGAGAUGGAUCAGCAGCAGCAUAAGAGAGCGGAGGAACGUUUGUUAUCCUUGGAGAAGGAGCGGAGUGGGUUAAAUGUAGACCUCCAACAGGUCCGUGGACAGGUGCAGGCACUCACCAUUAACCUACAGCAUGAGGUGGAAAAGUCCCGGAACCUUUCCCUGCAAGUAGAGCAGGAGAUUCAACGCCGGGGCCUCAUACAGACUGACUUAAAGAACCAGCAGACAGAACUUGCCAAGUACAGGUCAAAGGAAAAACACCUUCAUGGGGACAUGGAGGAAGUACAAAGAGAAAAGACAUCACUUGAAGAUGAGAUCAAAAGAUUGAAAGAGGAGAUGUCACUGAAUGAGCUGCAGAUGAAAGAGCUGCAGGACCAGUUUGAGGCUGAACAGUACUUCUCUUCACUGUACCGUAACCAGGUAAAAGAGUUAAAGGAUGAAGUUGUAGGCAAGGAGAAUAAGGUCCAGGACCUACUGGACGACAUGAAGUCACUGGAUCAGGAAAAAGAAUCAUUAGGAGGUCAGCUGCAACUAGCCAUGGCAAAGGCAGACUCUGAGCAGCUGGCACGGACCAUUGCAGAGGAGCAGCUCUCUGACGUAGAGAAGGAAAAGACAAUGUUGGAGCUGGAGAUAAAAGAACUUCUGUCUCGACACAAGAGUGAGCUUGGCAAGAAGGAUAACAUCAUCACCACGCUUGAAGAGUCAAAGAGAGACUAUAACAAGACGAUUGAUAGUUUACAAAUGGAUCGGGAAGAGUUACUCAACAGAAUAAGAAAAUUAAAUGAUGACUUGGUGAAUUUGCAGAAGCAGCCGGUUGCCUCAGAAGAACUGGAGAAGCUGAAGAAGCAGUUCACCGAGGAGAAGAUGAAGAAGGAGCAGGCCGUGAACAAACUUGCAGAGAUUAUGAACAGGAAGGACUUCCGAAACCAGGGCAACAAGAAGAACACAGUUUCUGCCCAGGAAGUCAGGAAGAAGGAGAAGGAGGGUAGGAAGCUUCAGCAGGAACUCUCCAUGGAACGUGAGAAGUACAGUAAGAUGGUUGAGAAGUUCCAGCACGACCUGUCAGAGACCCAGGCCGCUCUGUAUGAGGAGGGCCAAACAAGAAACAAGCUACAGAUGGAGCUGGAUGCCAAGGACAGCGAGAUUGAGCUCCUCCAGCAGAAACUAUCCUUUUCCUCGCUUGAUACUGCCUCCAUACACAGCGGGAGUCUCGAGGAUGGGGACGUCUCCUUACAUAACUCCUCAUUGUCCUCUACAGCACCCUCAGACAGCCACAUGGAGGGCUGGUUGUCAGUCCCUAAUAAACAGAACAUCAAGAAGUAUGGAUGGAGGAAACAGUAUGUGGUAGUCAGUUCCCGUAAGGUGCUCUUCUAUGGCAGUGAGGCAGAGAAACAGAAAGCCAUGCCUGUUCUUGUGCUCGAUAUAGAGAAACUGUACCAUGUACGAGGUGUGACGCAGGGGGAUGUGUACAGGGCCGAAGCCAAAGACAUUCCUAGAAUCUUCCAGGUGUUGUACGCCAUAGAGGGUGAAAACAGGAAGUCGGAAGAGAAUCAAUUAGAGUCCAGCAACCAGUCAAAGGCAGGCACUAUAGAGUAUAAGGGUCAUGAGUUUAUCGAGCUUCAUUUCCGUACACCGACCACGUGUGACUCUUGCAACAAGCCCAUGUGGCACAUGAUCCACCCACCUCCCUCCAUGGAGUGCAGGCGAUGUCAUACUAAAGUUCACAAAGAUCACUUUGACAAGAAGGAGGAGUUUGUGGCAUAUUGUAAAGUGAACUUUGACCAGAACAUCCAGGUAAAGGAACUGUUAUUGCUUGCCGAGUCUGCCGACCUUCAGAAGAGCUGGGUGAUGCACCUCAGCAAGAAAAUCUCCAAGAAAGGAAUUGUCAGCUCUGGAACACUUGGGCCGUCCAACAGAAACACGAAGCAGUAUUCAUCGUUUGGGGCGACCAAUCGAACUGUAAGGUCAGGGUCGUCCGCCACUCUGCCCCCAAACUCCAGACCGAACUGAGAUAAACAUAGAAAACACCAUAGUGACAUACUUUGAAACUUUGUGAAAUAUCACAUGGAAUACCCAUGCAGUGUUUUCUGGUUACCACUGUCCAGCGCUAUCCCAUACCUCCACAGAGGCUUAAUCUCAACGACGUCUCUGUAACCAGAUUUAUAAACUGUGCGGACUAAAGUCAGAUUUAUAGUUCUGCAACAGAUGAAAUAAGAACGAAGAUAUGCCUAAAGUGUGAGCGUACUGUACAUGAAUGUGUUGGGAAAUGGUCGGAAUUGUCACAAUGGUUAUACCUUAUCUAUAUGGUGUCUGUCAAAAUAAUACAGCAGUGAUGUUUAGUUUCAAUGAAGUAGAUUAAUAAGCAGAUUCUUCUCAACUAUUUAGAAACCAUUUCAAAGUCAAUGUGUAAGAAGUUUGUUAGCAAAUAUUUUAUGCAGAUAUAUUUCAGGUUUAUAUUUAUUUUGUUGUCAGCAAUCAUUAAUUAAAAUGUUAAAACAAUUAUGAGAUACGAGUAAGAUUAAAGCAUUAUUUUUCAACCUUAGCACAAUAAUUAUCUCAUUAAUUUGUAUAUCAUCAAUCAAGCUGCAAUAUAAACCUAGAAAAUCAAAAACUCACUCGACAGUUUCUUACGCAGGUACAGAGAAAACAUUCCACCAUUUUUUUUCUUUUUAGAGUUUUGUAUAAAUUACUUUUGUGUAUAAAAAAAGAAACUUAUUGUUGAAUUUCAUAUUUUGACAAUUUUAAGUUGUCUGUAAUAGGUCAUAUAUUUUCUUUCUAUUUCUUUCAGUUGGACAGUUUGUUAUUCAAAAGUGAAAUAGUUACGCUUGUUUAACUAUCCGUAGCAAUAUUUGUCUAAAAAUAUUUGUUCAUGCAUAUCAACUAAUUUGCUAACUAUGCUUUUUACCCAUAAAAAGACUGCUGUAAGAAUACUGACAGAUAUUUAUCACAUUUGUUAGUGGGUCUACUUACAAGUGGGCAGAUGUUGGACCAAGAAUGAAUCCGUACUCCUAAAUCAUACCAUAACUUCUCUGAACUACAAACCCCUUAUAUCAUUGUUUUACGCCAUUGGCUUAUGCCACAAUGUGGAAGUAAUGUAUUUCAGUACCACUGACUUGUACAUAGGGUAUCAGCUGUAGAGUGUUAUGAAAUGGUGCUGCUCCCUAUCCUGUUUUGGUAGCACCUGUCUGCCCUCAUGGUGACCAGCAUGGACACCCUUCUGCCUUUAUGGAAUUAAACUUUUCAGACUGUCUAUAACUACAGCCGAUACAAUGUACGAUUUUUCCUCUAAUCACAGUGUCCUUAUUUGGCCGCACCUUUUUAAAAACCUGCGCUGGCUAAAACCCUUAUUACACUGAAUUGAACAUUACAGGAUAGCUUUUUAGUGGACAUUUGAUAACUUUCAAAUACAAUAUACUUAUCUUUAUGACAAGAACUAUCGAUCAGUGGUCUGCAUAAUAGUUGUAUAAUGUUGUAAUGAACAAAUAUUGGCUCCGGUGUCAGUGGUCAAAUGCUAUUGGCAGAAAUGCUUGUGUCUCAAAACUUUGUAUGUAUAUAUAUAUAUAUGCCUAUAUAUCACAUAUCUCUUGUGUUUGCCUUGAAGCAUAAUUCAAACCCAGAUUAGUGUUAUUAUGUAGUAAUACGUGCAUUUGUAUAUUGCAUUACAAGUGCAUUGUUUCAUUCUGUAUCUUUUGCAGAUAUAUAUUCUCAUAUAUUUAGAGUGUUAGCUAAUAUUUAAUGUGUUCAAGUUAAUUUCAGUAGAGAAAGGAGUUUUGAUAUUUAUGUUCUAACAGAUGUCUUUCAUAUUGCUUUGCUAUCAAAUUUCAAGAGAUGCCUGGUAUUUCUUUGCGAAGAAAAUGAAGGAAUUUUAUGAUGUGAUUUGACUGAUAUUCUACCAUUUGCUAAAACUUAUUUGAACUGAACUGUCUCUUAUAUUUGAUGCAACUUGUCAUACUUCAUUGUUACAUUAUUAUAUAUUUUGUUGAAAACUAUUUCAAAGGCAAUCUUUUUUUUUGUUUAAGUAGUUCUUUAAAGAUCUUACAAGUUGUUAACUGAAAAUAAGCCAUAAACAAAACAAAAAAAGUCCAAUUUGCUGACUUGGACAACACUUUAAAAAUGGGUUAUGAACUCUGUAACUUACAAAUUCAGGUUAAAUCAAUGGAUGGGCAAGUAAAGAAUAACUAUUUAGUUGAAAUGAUACUGUAAACACUACGGCAUACAUGUUCAAAACAUUUCUGUAUUUGUUGCUGCUCUUAUAAUGGUGCUGGUCAUUACUGUAUAAUAGCAAACCUUAACUGCAUCUAGUGCUUUUGUUUAGUUGUCUUGUGCUAAUUGAAUGUGAUUAUGUCAUUUCAAGCCUGUCUUCACAAUCAUGUUAAUAUGUAUAGUCAUACUGGGAAUAGAUUAUAUUUUAUAAUCGUGAUGUAAAUAAUUGUUUUAUUCUAAUGGAAGUAGAAAAUCCUGUAUAUAGAUCAUAAUUGUUACAUGUAAUUAGAACUACUCACACAUAUAAUUAUAUAUAGAUACUCUACACAUAUACAAUACAUAUAAUACCUGGAUAUCGACUGAAUGUGUCUCUUCCUCUAACGUGUGCUUACUGCUGAAACACUAAUUUGCUUGGUGUUAUAUUCUACUGUGUUAGUCUAAAUAUUCCUUUGGGGGAAAAAAACCAGGAACCAUAAUAUGUUUUGGCAUGCAUAGAAUAACAGUUUCUUUCGAAUCAUUGCUGAUAUUAAUAUCAGUAAAAAGAUAUAAUUAAUUAAUUUCAAGAUUAUACAGUGUAAAAACAUAUUUAAUGUUAUAAUAACAGCUUUCUUAAAGUGACCAAAUCAAUAUAUAUGAAAGGUGGCUGUCAUCUGAAUGAAAUUUCCAUUGAUAUUUCAAAGUUACUCCUUCAAAACAUUAUUCUGGCAUUAUUUUGUGAUUUUUUCACCAUUGAUGACAGUGAAAAUGUGUAUGUAUACAUGUAAUGUUUUUUGUGCCAUUAUGAGAUUGCUAUGAACUGGAUCUGUCUGACUUGCUACUCACUGUGAUAGAACUGGCUUAACAUAUUUGAAUAAUUUGAUUUAACGCUACCACUUGGAAAUGAAUAUCUUCGAACAAAAACAUGUUAUUCCAGUGAUGGAAUGCAAUGUGUCAGUUUAUACUUUGUGUUAUAAAAUAUAGGAGUUGAUAGAAUGGAUAAAAUCAAGUUUAAGAAACUUACAUUGUUUCCUUUGCAUGAUUUUUUUAUGAAAUAAGCAGAAAAUAAUGUAAGAGUUGGUCGCCAUUAAAUUAAGCAAAAAUGACAUAGCCAAAAUGAUUUUAUGCUGCCGGGCCGCAACUUCUUGAAAAUCUCAAGUCCCUUUGAACACGAUCAAGAUUAUUCCAGUAUGGCCUCCCACAUAGCAAGCCCAAGAUGUCAGUCACACUGCCUUGCACUGAGCCCUACAUUUAUAUUACAUGGAAUAGUGACCAUAUUGUAGCCCAGGCUUGUUGACAGUUGAACCCAAUUAUUAUAACAGUCAUACUAUUUGAAUAAUUAUAUUAUAUAAAUAUCAAUACCAUUUUCACAUAUUCCCAUGUCAACCACAUUAUAUAGUUAGUCCACAUUCUAGCUGACUGUAAAGUAUAGAAAACAGAGACUAUUAUUCUGUGUGAUGUAAAUUGUUAGUUUAUUGUUGUUAGAUGUAUAAUAUUGUACAUGUUGUUAUGCAAGUGCUGUUUGUCUAUGACAAAUCUUGUUAUGUACAGUUGCUAUAUGGUAUCAUCAUUAAUUAUCAGUAUAACAUAUUUUGUAAUUCCAGCCUUUAUCUAGGCCAUGUUCAAUUAGCAUGUAUAUUUGCCCAAUUAAAAUAUUUAUAAAACUG